GAAUUGCUGCUGAUUUCCGGGUGUUUCAUCCCGAUGAUAGUAACAUCAACAUGACGUGGGUGAAAAAUUGUUUUACACUUAUUGUGUUAUUGGGAAGUUUGUGUAAUUUAGUGAUUGCUGAGGGCGAUGAGGACUCCUCGACAGAUCUUUAUGUUAUCGAAGGUAAAGUCUUUCCGUGGGAGCAUGCCGGUGCCACGACCUGGCAAAUCAUGACACAUGUCAUGGCCAAUGGAGGAGAGUAUUAUGGAUUUUUGAGGGAGGACGGCACUUUCACAAUAUCAAACGUCCCCUCCGGAUCCUACAUAGUGGAGGUAAUAAAUCCAAAUUACGCGUACGAGCAAGUACGAGUGGAGAUAAACUCAAAGGGAAAAUUCCGGGCAAGAAAAGUCAACUUGAUCCAGACGUCUCAAGUCAUUCAAGUGCCAUAUCCCCUGAAAAUGAGGCCAUUGACACCAUUCCGGUAUUUCCAAGUCAGGGAGCAGUGGAGAGUGACAGACUUCUUAUUCAAUCCCAUGGUGCUCAUGAUGAUUCUACCGCUGGUCCUUAUCAUGAUCCUGCCAAAGAUUAUGAACGAUCCCGAGACGAGGAAAGACAUGGAGCAGUUGAAUAAUCUGACGAGCUACAACAUGCCCGAAAUGUCAGAAGUGAUUACCUCCUUCCUCUCCGGUGGCGAAAAGCAGAAACCAAAGGCUGUUAAGGCGGCUAAAAAGAGACAAUGAGGGGAUUAUUUAACUUACUAUUAUUGUUAUUUUCUAAGUGUAAAGCACAUUUUUUUGUUUUUCAGAGCUAAGAAAUUCAAUAAAUAAAUGCAACGUAAGUUAUUGUA